UUGUUUAAUUACAGCCAAGAGUAUUAGGGGAAGUUACUAUAUGGUGAAUGCACCUGCAGAACAGACUUCUCAGUAUAGAUCCUUUACAUGGCUGGAGCUAUAUUACUAAGAUACACUGUGGGCAUAAUAACUCUCAGGAAUCUCAUGGAAGAAUUAAUUAAUAAAUGUUGAAGUGGGAUUGAUAAAGGAAGUGAUCACAUGGGUGAGGUCUAUAUCCAGGCAUACCGGUCUGCUGUGUGACUUUUUCUUUUCUCUGGAUUAAAUAAAAAAUGAUUCUAUUCCUGCUGGUGUCUAUGUCGAUGGUGUUACACAGUGGUGGGCAAGAAUUGGAGCCACCAGCGUUCCUGCCAGAGCUUCUUAACGCACCUGAAAGAAUUUCGAACAAUGCCACAUUCUUCAAUGGAGUCUUUCAAAAUGUGGGAAGUGUUGCAUUGUUUUUUGACUGCCUGGGUUCUCACUUCACGUGGUUACAGUCCAUCUUCACUAACUUCCCUGCCCUGCUCAACUUUGUGAACAAAAUGAAGUGUGUUACUGGCUUUUGUCCCAGGGAUUUUGAAGACUAUGGUUGCUCUUGCCGGUUUGAGAUGGAAGGGCUCCCUGUGGAUGAAGUUGACGAAUGCUGUUUCCAGCACCGCAAAUGCUAUGAGGAAGCAAUGGAGAUGGAGUGCACAUGGGACCCAUCAAAGAUUUCUACAGAUGCUGUCAGUUGCUCUACUGAAAACCUGACCUGUGAGUCUGGGGAUCCCUGUGAACAGUUUCUCUGCAACUGUGACAAAGAUGCCAUUGAAUGCUUUGUGAAUGCGCAUAUUAACUCUUCCUUGAAUGGGCUGGACGUCUCUUUCUGUCCGUCUCUGGUUACAGAAACAACCAGCAAGAGAGAGCUGACGACACUUCAUAUGGAGGAGUUCCUUCAUCAUGGGACUGACGAAACACAAGCUGCAACUGCAUCCGUGGAAGAAGUGAUUUCUUUUGAGCCCAGUGAGAUGGUCCUGGGGGCUUCCAAAGCCAGAGAAAUACAGCUGGUAGGUCACUACCAUGAUGCCUCUGGUUUUUGUACAGUUACCACAAGGGACCGCAGAGGUACAGCUCCUGCUCCCUCCGUCCUCUUGAUAAAAGAAGAGGAUGGAUUUAUGGAAGCUGUGGUCCCAGCGGAAGAGAUAACCACCUCCCCAGCCUCAUUCUCAGGAGAUAUUAACUCAAUGCAAGUCAAAAUUGUCCCCACCAAGAACAUUCCUGCAGGCACGUCUGCAGGGACAAAAGAAAAAGAGACAAGCCCUGCCAUGGCUGGCCAGAGCACAGCUUCUUCUGGAAUAGCUCCAGAACUGGUACUGUCUGACAGGGGACCUGAUGAACCUGCAGGAAAAGUAUGUGAGCGAUUAACCUUUCUGCAAGAGAGAGGAAAUGGCAGAGUGAAGAGGGAGCUGCCCCAGCUAGGAGAAAUGCUGUUCUGUUUGACUGAGCGAUGCCCAGAGGAAUUUGAGUCUUAUGGUUGCUACUGUGGCCAAGAAGGAAGAGGUUAUCCUGCUGAUGCACUGGACAGCUGCUGCUUCUCUCAUCACUGUUGUAUGGAACAAAUUAAGAAGCUUGGAUGUCAUGCAGAAAGCAGUUCAAGAUCUGAAGUUGUAUGCUUUGAUCAUAAGCCAAAAUGUAUUGGUUGGAGCAUGUGUGAGAAACUACUAUGUGCUUGCGCUAAGACAGCAGCUGAGUGCAUGGCUUCUGCCUUCUUCAAUGAAAGCCUUAAGUUUCCACACAGGCAAGAAUGCCAAGAAGAGAAAGUCUUAUGUCACAGUGACCCUUAUGAAAGACCUUCAACAGGCACAGAAAUAGGCACCGGGAUUUCCAGCUCCGAGGAGAGCAGCGAGGAGGAAGGUCCACUGUGGACUGUAUUAAGAAGAGCAAAGAGAGACACACACGGUCCCAUUGGAAACUCCAGAACCACGCAGCAUGAAGGCAGAUAACCAACCACCGCCAGGCGCUUGAGAAACGGCACAGAGACUCUCCCAGCCAGCCCUUGCCUACCUUACUCUUUCUUAGCACUCUACAGGCUGCCUUAUGCUUGCCAGCGCACAAACGACAUAAUCCUAGACUAGGUAUUACAUGUUAGGCUGUGUAACUCCUUACCGUAGUGAAGCUGGCACUAUAGAACAUCUAUUUAGGUCAGAUAUUACCUUAAAUACUUAUUUGACGGUAUUCUGUAUUAUUUCAUUCCAUUUCUAUGUAAAAACUGUUCUGAUCAAAGACUGAUUUUUGCUAACUGUAGUCAGUUCAGGCUGAAUCUUGCUGAUGAUGGCUAAGUAUUUCAGGUUUUUAAUUAAACCAAUCUGCAACUGCUCCAACUCAGUUUGCAGACAUUCUUCCUUUACUGAGCUUAGCAGGAAACACCCAGAAGAAAAGCUAAGGUAAUUACAUGAAAAUGAGUUCCUUCUUCCCUUCCUAUCCAAUUUUCAGCCUGCAGUUUCUGCUGCUCAGUCAGAUCAUGACAGCAGAAGGCAUGGUCCUUGCCCCGAAGCUGUGUACUAUGCACGGUUACCUCCAGUUCUGAGAGAUUUCAAGAUGUUAAAGGGAAUAAAUGUAAAAGUUUUGCUUCCUGGGCUCAAUUAAAACUAAUGUGUUCCAAAGCAUGUAAUGUAAAGCUGGAAUAAUGCUUUUUGCCUUUUACUGAGCCCAGAUUUGUUUGCUCCCCCUUCCCCCAUCCCACCCCAAAUUCACCACCCAUAAGAUUUACCAGUUAUCAGACAACACAGUUUAAAAGGGUAUGUACAUCUUUCUUCAUGGUAAGGUGCUAAUUUAGACUAUGGUUUGAUCAUAAAAUAUUGGACAAGUAAUAAAAUUACUAGAACUUGGCUACUAAUAACAAAGCUGAACAACAGCAAUCCCAGCUUGGGUCAAAAUCACUAGCAACCUUGUUACUUUGAUAUGAAGGAUGCACUAAAAGAUACAAUCUUUGUAGGUCUUUCUCAUUAGAUUUCAGUUGUAAAGCACACAACAGCGCAAAUAUACAGCUUAAACACAGGUGGUGACCUGCCCAAAAUGACAUAUAAUGUCUUAUUCAAUGGGAUUACUGAUAUUUCCAUAUUUUCUCUGGGCACGUAUCUGCAAAAUCAAAACUACUAAUAAGAUACUUCCUCUGUAAGCGCAUUAACUGUAAAAGUGAAGGUUUGAAUUCUUUACCAGAAGCAAUCAUAUAAUUUUAACUUGGUUGGCCAUUCAUGCGUUGACCUGCCAUAAUUGACUUCGUGUUGUGUUUGCACCACUUGUGACGUCUUCUAAAAAAGUUAGAUCAGCGAUUCCCACUCUUUUAUUCAGUUCCUUUGUCUUAUACUCUUCAGCUGCAUCCUUGAUGCAGUUGUGCUGUAUCUCACUAGGAAGCAGCAACAGCACCUCA